AUGGCCACUGCUGUUCUACUAAAUGAUGAUAUCCACACAAACACCAAUGAUAAGUCUCUGGAAAUAUUCUCCCUUAUUUGGCUAGAUGCAAAUGUAAAUGUUAAAGGCACUCGAGACACAGAAGUAAAAUUACGUUCUAUUAUUAAUCAUAUCAAGAAAUUUCAAGAUGUAAAACAAUGUCAACAAUAUAUUGAACAAACAUCACAAAAGGAUCGAUUAAUACUUGUUGUUAGUGGUCGAUUAGGACAAGAAAUAGUACCCUCCAUUCAUCAACUUCGACAAGUUAUAUCAAUUUAUGUUUAUUGUAUCGAUAAGAAGAAUAAUGAACAAUGGACUUUCAAAUUUUCAAAAAUAAAAUAUGUUGUUGUUGAUCUUGAAGAACUUGUCACUCAAAUUACAACAGAUCAUAAACUUCAGAAAAAGGUAGAAGAACCAUUAUCAAUCAAUAUUUUCACAACAAAUAUUGGUAGAGAUAAAUCAACUACAGGAGUUAAUGGACAAUUUGUUUUUUCUCAAAUUCUUGUUGACUGUCUUCUACGAUUAAAAUCCACUGAGACAGACAAAAAUGAACUUAUUAAUCUUUGUGAAAAUCAAUAUGAAGGAAAUGAUACCGAACUAAACAAUCUUCGUGAAUUUCAAGAUUAUUCACCUGAUAAAGUAUUAUGGUGGUACACAAGAGAAUCAUUUUGCUACAAGAUUCUCAAUGCAGCUUUACGUACACAAAAUAUUCAUAUCAUAUUUUUAUUCCGAUCAUUUAUUUAUGAUAUUUAUCGUCAAUUGCAAAAAUAUCAAUCUAAGAAGGUUAUACGCGUUUAUCGAUGUCAACUAAUGUCAAACCAUGAAUUAAAUAGUCUUAAACAAAACAUCGGCCAGUUCGUCUCAAUUGAUGCUGAUCCUAAGAUGGUGAAUACAAAAUCAUUUGCUAAUAUUAGUAAACAUAGUUAUUUUCCAGAUGAAUCAGAAGUUCUCUUUAUGAUUGGUUCUAUUUUUCGUCUCAAUAGUAUUGAUCGUAAUGAUGAUCAAAUAUGGAUCAUUAAAAUGACUUUAUGUGAUGAUGAUGAACAUGAUUUGAAACAAGUUCUUAUGUAUAUGAAACAACAAAUUAAAAGUGAAGAAAUAAAUCUUCGGACAUUAGGGAAAUUAUUAUGGAAAAUGGGUAAACUUGACUUGGCUGAAAAGUAUUUUAAUCGUUUAUUACAAGAACUUCCAUCAAAUGAUCCUUUAAUAAGCAGUUUAUACGAAGAUCUUGGUGAAUUGGCAUCACAAACAGGCGACUUUGAUAUGAGUGUACAGUGGCACCAAAAAUCUCUCACAAUCAAAAAUAAAAAUCAAUUAACUGUUAAUCCAAUUAUUAAAAAAAUAAAACUUUCCACCGGACAAUCAAUUCCUGUCAAUCCUAUUAAUAUCAAUACAAAAUGGAAACAACAUGGAAUUACUAUUGCUGGAGGAAAUGGACGAGGCAAUCAAUUAAAUGAGCUCUUUUGUCCUGAAGGUAUCUAUGUUGAUGAUGAUCAUCAAACUAUUUAUAUUGCUGAUUAUGAGAAUCAUCGUAUUGUUGAAUGGAAAUAUGGAGCAAAGAAUGGUCAAGUUGUUGCAGGUGGAAAUGGAUAUGGAAAUCGAAGUGAUCAAUUGAAAUAUCCAACAGAUGUGAUUGUUGAUAAAAAGAAUGAUUCUCUCAUCAUUUGUAAUUACAGAAGCAGGAAAGUAGUACGAUGGUCUCGUCAAAAUGGUACAAAUGGUGAAACAAUUAUUACUAACAUUGAUUGUUCUCGUUUAGCAAUGGAUAACAAUGGAGAUCUUUAUGUCUCCGACUACAAGAAGAAUGAAGUGAGACGAUGGAAACAAGGAGAGAAAGAAGGAACACUAGUAGCAGGUGGAAAUGGAAAAGGAAAUCAUCUCAAUCAACUCCAUUUUCCUACUUACAUCUUCGUUGAUGAACAUUAUUCAGUUUAUGUAUCGGAUUUUGAGAAUCAUCGUGUGAUGAAAUGGAUGAAAGGUGCAAAAGAAGGUAUUGUUGUUGCUGGUGGAAAAAGUGAAGGAAAUAGUUUGACACAAUUGUAUUAUCCUCGAGGAGUGAUUGUCAAUCAUUUGGGUAAUGUUUAUGUGGCUGACUGCAACAAUCGUCGAGUAAUGCGUUGUUGUCAAGGAUCUAAAGAAGGUAGUAUUGUUGUUGGUGGAAAUGGAUGGGGAGAUAGAUCAAAUCAGUUGUUUUAUUCCACAGGUUUAUCAUUCGAUGCUCAAGGUAAUCUCUAUGUUGUUGAUUGUCACAAUAAUCGAAUACAAAAAUAUGAAAUUGAGUUGAAUUUAAAUUUGUUGACAUUGAUGAUGAAAUCAAUAACUAAAUUUUUGUGA